GCGCACGGACUCGGAUAGCAUGAAACUUAUAACGGGCUCGCUAUAGCUAAGAAGGUCUCUCUACGCUGGACAUUAGCUUUAGCAACAGAGGAGCUGGUGGGGGUUGCCGUCAAAAUCUGGUUCUCAAGCAGGUCAUUAGAGGAACCCGCCAGUCCUGAUCAGAAUUUGCUACUAGAGCCAAGAAGAGCUCGCCACAUAUGUACGCUAUUCUCGCAAUUCCCAACUUUACCUGUGGCCCCUCUCUUGCAUGUAGCGACGAUGAGGGGUUAUAUGCCCCGCAAUGUGGACGUGCGUGUAUGAAUGCCUUGCCGGCCACCUGCAGCAAGAAGUCAAACGAUAUAUUCGUCUGUCAUCUGAAACAAGCAAGACUCUUGAUCCCCAAGACACCUUCCAGCCGGCUUGCUGCUUUUGCGAAUACUCUCAAAAUCUUGUCGUCUCGCAGCCUCCCAGGUUGUUUGUAGUGUAAUACCGAUGGCAGCUCAAACCUCAGCAGACAGUCCCGCCGGGCUCCCAGUUGACAACCCAAGCAAGUCAUACUGGCUUUCAGAGCCGUCUGAGAUGCUCCUCGGCCACCGUACCACGAAAGACUUGCCGCAAGUUGCCGAUAUCCUCAUAAUUGGGAGCGGCAUUACGGGCGCCUUGGCAGCCCACUUCGUCAAGCAAAAGGCGCCCAACCUGAACGUCACCAUGCUUGAGGCAAGAGAGGCAUGUUGGGGUGCUACCGGAAGAAAUGGUGGUCAUUGUCAGCCGGGAUACUACGCCUUACCGCCGCACAUCGCCGCCUUUGAGCAUCAAACAUAUUCCUAUCUCAAGGCAUUCGUCGAAUCGCAAUCGAUCCCUUGCGAUUGGCGUACUACAACUGGCGUGCACGGCUAUUAUUCUGCGAAGCUCUUUGCUACCACCAAAAAGACUAUUGGAAAGAUCCAGCAAGAGAAUCCGGAUAUUGGUGUAAAUAUUGCAGUUGUAACGAAGGAGGACGAGCUUACAUUGAAGGCCUUGCGAGUCGGUGCUGCCGAAGGCGCCAUUGUACAACGGAAUGCUGCGAGCCUCUGGCCGUACAAGCUUGUUGCGUUUGUGCUUGAACGCCUACUGGUAGCCGGUGGCUUCAACUUACAGACGAACAGCCCGGUUACCGGCCUCGAAAGAGCAGAGUCAAGAGGCUGGACAGCUCACACGCCGCGUGGCGACAUCUCAGCACGGCAUGUCCUCCUCGCCACAAACGCGUAUACUUCUCAUCUGCUUCCCCAGCUGGCAGACAUCAUCGUGCCGGUCAGGGGCCAGGUAUCCAGCCUCAAGCCGCCCGCCAAGGGCCCGCUGGACAUUGGACACACGUUCUAUUUCGUGUCCGACCUCGACGACCGCCGGGACGACUACCUCGUGCAGAGACCUCCGCCGGGUGCGGAACUGGUUUACGGCGGUGGACGCAUCCGCGCAGAGGGCCACGGACUCGGCGUGUGGGAUGACAGCACUGUUGACGAACAAGUGGCGAAAUAUCUUAAAGGCGAGCUGAGCGGCUUGAUGGAUCUCUCGAUAUGUGAGCAAAGAACUGGACAAAGCGAGCAGAAGCAAGAUGUCGAGCCGACAUUUGAAUGGUCAGGCAUCAUGGGCUUCUCGCGCGAUGGCUGGCCCUGGGUCGGCCCUGUGCCGGACAGCGCCGGCGGUGGCGAAGGACUCUGGCUGUGUGCCGGAUAUUCUGGCAGCGGCAUGCCCAACGCGGCCCUCUGCGCCAAGGCGGUUGUCGAUAUGAUGAUUCCUGGCCAUGAAGAUGGGGAGAUGGGUUUGCCCCGUGAGUAUCUGUUUACCGAAGAGAGGCUGGAGAGGGCGAGGGUAUGCGAAACUAUCGCAGAGGCAGAUAAGAGAGGCGCAUUUAUAUAA